AUGACCAUAUGCACGGCGUUUGCUUCGUCGCGGAUCAAGAAUAUCAACAGAAUUCUACGUAAUGCGGCUAUAAAAUGCCGAGUAUCGUUGGAGGGCGCUCAAGAGGGGCAAAACCACGGUGUCAUGAACUGGCUUCGAAGGUUCGAGGAUCUGGACUUCUCCGAGUUGUUCAUAUGUAGGGUGGCAUAUGAUGCGCGUAAUGACGAAGAAUUGCGUCAGAUCGAGCAACUCGGCCAGGAAUCCGAAAACGGCGCCAGUGUGACGCAGACUACGCUCGGAUUCCGCGCAGUUAAGCAUAUGAUAGGCCGGUUGGCAGCUUACGUCCGCGCUGUCUCCCAGAUCCUUGACGAUGGAAGCCGUUUGCGAAGACUUCUCACGGACCAUCGAAUCGUAUGCAGUGUUCAGCGCCCUGCCAGCGCGGCGAUUCCCGAGGCUGAUGCACAUACGACCUUGGGCGGUGUACUCAAGCGGUUGCUCCCCGAUCGAGACAGUAGAUACGAGCCGUAUCUUCGUAUCCUCACGAACCUGGACAGUCAAGUUCAUAUUUCAUCUAGUCUACACGAGGAGUUCGAGCCAGGCACGAUAGAGCCUAGCGUUCAUGCCGAGGUUCAGCUACUGCAUCACUUUUACAGCGCAGGACGCCGUUACGCUGCUAAAGACAGAUACAUUACGUGUAGUAAACCUGCGUUUAUCUGCUGUGAGCUGUACUUCCGUCAUCACCCCGCCAGAGUCAGCCUGCUCGACUCCCACCGAAAAGCCUACCUGAACUGGGGAGUCUUGAGUCUUGUAGGCGGGGCGCAAAAUCCCAAAUGGUUCGACCACCGUAAGAUUCUCAAUGAUGUGGUGGGAGAUUUAAAGUCCAUGGUCAUUGACCAGAUUUUGGAGCUGCGGAUUUUGAGCCACGACCAUCAAGACACGUUGACCCAGAUAACGGCUUCCCAGGGUGGAGUAGAUAGCGGUUCGGAUUCAGAAGCAGACAAAUUUGCAAACAUUGGCGAGGCCGAAUUACCUGACAAUUGUGAGUGA